GUCAAGAACAUUCAAGACGAAUUUGAAUGCAUAGGUCAAAGAGACUUCUACGCAGAAAUUGAAAAGGAUGUUUCACAGUUGCGUAGCCUUGAAAUUGUACCACCUACAAGCACUCAAGUAGAACUUUGUUAAAUUUUCGCGACAAUGUUUCCAACAGCAGGGUAUUUCCGAAGUACAAACUGUCCAUUCUUUGUUCACGGACUGUGCCACAGACCGUAUUGCCAUUUUCGCCAUAGUAAACCCGGACUCAAACCAUCAAAGAACAGAGUAUCACCUCAUAAGAAUAACACUGAACACCAAUCAAACCGUGUUAAGACUACAACACCCAGUCCAGAUGUAUCUGAUAGAGAUAAACAGCCUGCUGAAGCUAGAAUAACUCUACCAGAAGAAACAAAAAGAAAGGUAGAAACAGUGGACAGUACAAGUCAUGAAAUUGAAAACAAAUUUACGACUCAAACAGACACAGCUUCUAAAAAGAGCAUUCUGAAAAGAGGUAAUGAAGAGCAGAAUUUUCAGAUUGAUCAACUUUCUGUUGUUAAAGAAUCUUUGCCCAUGUUCAGCUUGGACAUAAGUGAACCUGUGACUGGUUCACACAAGGUCAGCCCCAAUCAUGAGGGCAUGAAAAUGUCUGAAUUGGACCCGGAUGAAUAUGAACAACCCAUUGCUUCUCUGACAGAUGAAGAGAUGAAAAUCAUUGGGUUGACCUCAGUUUCUUUAUCUGGUCACAAUCAAACUGCUGCAGGAAGCACAGAUUUAGAACAUAUUUCAACUUCAAAUGAAUCUAAUUGCACUGUUUCUGAAAGUAACUCCUCAGUUAUGAAAAAAUUUUCAGAGUCUGAAACCAAAAGUGAGGGUCAGAUGAAGAAUAACUUGAUUGAUGUUACUGCCACGGAAUCCUAUAUUGCCAAAGAGGCAAGAAUUGCACAAAUCAAGGCUGAUAGUUUAAAGAAAAAACUUGAGUCCAAAGCUGUUAUGGAAAAAAAUGAAUCAUCAGUGGUUUUGGAAAGUGCAUGUACAGAUGAGAAACAAGAACUCACUGGAGGCAAAGAAAAAUCUGACAUGCUUCAGGAUAAACCACAAAGACGGAAAUCUGUUCAGCUUCAAGUUUCUGCUGAAGGGGUUAAGGAUGUGAAAUAUUCUUUGGACGUACUACCUUCAAAGAAAAGAAAAUCCCAGCAGUUAAUACCUUGUUCUUCUCUUUAUGGUACUGCAACAAAGAAUGAGGAUAAUAAGAAGGCCAUGAAAAGGAAAGAUGGCAUUUCUAAACAGGAAUAUACAAUACAUGAGUUGUUUUUGUCGGCAUCAAAGUCACUGGAACAUACUGUUACAAGUAACUCUAGAAAAUCAUCUCUUGAUAAUAGUUCUAAAGACAUAAAAAAAUGCAAAGCUGUGUCAGACAGUCCUGUUAAAUUAAAAGAGAAGUCGUCUGUCAAGCGGCUAACUUCAGAAAAUGUUAAUGCGCCAAAAAGAAAACUUAGUCUUUCUGAGACUGAAAUCAAUUUCUUUGGUCCUUCUAAAAAGCAAAACAAAACUGAGAAAGUGGAAAAACAAAAGAAAAGUAAGGUGGAAGUAACUCCUGUUAAAACUUUGAAACUCCAAAUACCAGAGAACAGAGGAUUGGAGAAGAAGAAGAAGAAGAAGAAAAUGCAGAAAGCCAAACUUCUGACAAAUGUAACUAUCUCAAGUGAUGACAGUGAUUAUAGUGGCCAUACGCACGGUGGCUCAAACCAUGAAGAGAAUGAUUCCCUGAGAAGAAUUUGGGAUAACUUUGAACUGCCACAAGAUGAACUUACAAUGGAGAAGGAUUUACAAUCACCAGUUAAAAAACAGACACAAGAAUUGCCAAGGAAGAGAAUUUUAUCAACUGCAUCUAAUGACUCUGAUGUGAUUAAACAACCAUCAAUGGCUGAUGCAUUAGGACUUGGGAAGAAACAGCGAGUGGCACAUAUGUCCAGUCAUCUACCUAGGAGAUUAUCGUCAAAUGCAAACCCUGUGCGAAGGUACCCAAAGACUUUAUCCGCUGUACAAAGCAAAGACGAGUCCAAGACACCUUCAACAUCGGGAUCUCCUGCUAAGGAAGCAGAGGGUUACAAGCCUGCCAAACAGAGGGUGGCUCAUGUAUUGAAGAAUAACUCCCCUGCGGGAUCACUGCCAAGACCAAGGAUCCCUGUGGAGUAUGGUGCUAAGGUGCCGCAAAGUCAACGUCAGAGAUACCUGGACAGAAUAGUUGAUGAAUACCUUAGAAUUUGUAGCAGUGAGAAAGAAGCAUUUGAAAAGGCUGUGGAAGAAGAGAAAACUCUAUAUGAAAGAAGCACCAGGCGACAAGUUUACUUGAAUCUUUGUGUGAAUGCAAUCAAGAAACUUCGCAGUAUAACGCACUUGGAAUCGCCUUCUCCUGUCAAAAGUGAGACAACAACAAAAGUAGCUGUUACAAAAGUGCUGCCUUCAGGGGCAGUUGUUGUCAGUACUAAGAGCCCUGCAAAACAACAACCAGCUGUUUCACAAACAGAUCAAUUUACAGAAGAGUUGAUGUAUGAUUUCCUGUCUAAGUAUUUGAUGAGUGAAGACGACUUAAUUGAUAAUGGUUACCCACGUCCCUGUCCAACAGCACCUGGGAGGGCUGUUUUAAAAACUAAAAAGGAGCUGUCCAGAGAUCCUACACGAAGGACUUGCCGUCGUUGUGGCAAGCCCUUUGUUGUUCUUGAAGAUGGAGUGUAUUUAACAAGAGAAGAAUGUGUAUACCAUGUUGGGAAGUUAUUUCGAAGAAGAGGGGAACCAAUUACAAAUUAUUCAUGUUGUCAAGGAGAUGCAGGUAGCCCUGGCUGCUGUAUUGGAAAGGUUCAUGUGAGUGACAGUGUGAACAACACAGAGGGUUUUAUGACCACCAUAGUGAGUCCGUUGGCAGAAAAACGAAAGAAAAUAUUUUCCAUGGAUUGUGAAAUGUGUUACACCACUUCAGGGUUGGAGCUGACCCGCAUCACUGUGAUAAACUGGAAUUUGGAGCAAGUCUAUGACACCUUUGUAAUUCCAGAAAGAACUAUUGUUGAUUAUAAUACAAGAUUCAGUGGAGUGACAGAAGAGUCACUGCGAGGUGUCACGACAACAAUUCAUGAAGUGCAAGCUGUGUUGUUGAGUAUGAUUCACAAAGACACCAUACUGGUGGGCCACAGCUUGGAAAGUGACCUCAAGGCAACCAAGAUAAUUCACAGUAAAGUGGUUGAUACCUCUGUGGUAUUUCCCCACCGACUGGGUCCUCCUUACAAGAGAGCUCUUCGCAAUCUCAUGGCGGAGCACUUAAAAAAGAUCAUCCAGGAUAGUGUUGAUGGCCAUGACAGCCAUGAAGAUGCAUCUGCUUGCUUGGAACUUAUGAGAUGGAAGGUGAAAGAAGAUAUGAAAAAGACAUCAAGACACAAGUCUCCUUGUCAAGCAUUUGCAGUUUCAUAGCAACACUAUGACAUUUCACACAGCAAUAGGCAGUUAGCAGGUACUUUUUCCAAAAAGAUUCUACGUAGUUGAUGAGUUAGUCUCCUUAGAAUAGAAAGUUGUGUUCAUCUCUUCUAUAGAUCUGUUGAAA